AUGACCAUCGGAGAGGGCGUCAAUGGCAACCAGACAGAAAGUUCCGGGUCGAUAACAAACUCCGGUGGGCUUGGAGAUGGAAACGGUGUAGGGUUUGCGGGCACUGGAAAUGACAUAGACACCGGUGAUGAUUUCGAUAUAGGGGAUGGCAAUACAACCAUGGGAGACGGUAAUGUGAUUGAGAUAGGUGACCGUAUCAACGACAUCACAAAUAUCAAUGUCGGGCCGGACGAACACGGCCGGCUGGGGAGCAAGACUUCCAUUCCUAUUCAGUUGAGUGGGACCGACCGAGGCGGCAAUACGAUGAAUUUCAACAUCAACCUCCGACUGCUUGUGGAUGGCAAGGGCAACGUGGAGGUGAACGCGUGA